CGGAGGACGCGAGCAGAUGAUUCUCACAGUUGCACACCAAUUUUCACCAGCUAGCUUCACAUAACGUGUCAAGAAGCCAGAAAUCAUGAAUUCUAUUAAAAGGAGCGAGAGCGACUGGCAAGGACUGGUCAGCGAGUUCCUGGUGUGCAAGCGUAAGCUGGAGAGUAAGAAGGAGGCCCUUCUCAUCCUGUCUAAGGAGCUGGACACUUGCCAACAAGAGAGGGAUCAGUACAGACUCAUGGCCAAUCAGCUGCGAGAACGCCACCAGGGACUCAAGAAGAAGUACAGAGAGCUCAUCGAUGGAGAUCCCUCUUUACCGCCUGAGAAACGCAAUCAGGUGAACCUGGCCCAGCUGCUGAGAGACUCUCGGGAGCGAGGGAGGAAGCUGACAGAGGAGGUGAAGGAGUUGACACAGAGACUGACCGAGGCGCAGGGGGAUAACAAGCUCCUCAGGAUGACCAUCACCAAGCAGAGGCUGGGCGACGAGGAGGUGGGGGCGCGACACUUCCCCGCCCACGAGAGAGAGGACCUAGUUGGCCGGCUGGAGGAGGCGGGGCUACAGAUGGAGCAGCUGCAGAGCUCCGUCAAGGCAGUGAGUGACGAGCUGCAGGACGUCAAGGCGGAGCGCGCCGCGUUCAGGGAGAAGGCGGAGCGACUCAACCUGGAGCUCAACCACGUGCUGGGCGGUCGGGACGGCCGCAUCAUCGACGUGGACGCCCUCUGCAUGGAGAACAGAUAUUUGCAUGAGAGGUUCAACCAAGUCCAGGAAGAAGUCAACCUGCUCAAGUCUAAUAUCAUGAAGUACAAGACGGCGUUGGAGAGACGAAGGAACUCUAAAGUGAGUGGAAAGUCUAGCAGCAGUGCCCUUACAGGAGUCCUAUCUGCCAAACAAGUGCAGGAGCUGUUGAUGGAGGAGCGGGGCUGCAGUCUCCCGGCCACGCCUCAGUCCAUCUGUGACCUCAAGUCUCUGGCCACGGCCCUGCUGGAGACCAUCCACGAGAAGAACCUGGUGAUCCAGCACCAGCGCCACACCAACAGGAUUCUGGGAAACCGAGUUGCAGAGCUGGAGAGGAAGUUGAAGACUUUGGAGGUGUCAGGUUUAUGGAGUCUGCCAGGAGGGCGUGAUGUCAUAACGCUGAGUGAGCAUGUGGAGCUCCUAACCCCGGCCCCCCCACCGGGCCCCCCCCGGCCCCCCGCUCAGCCGCCAGCACCGACACACAGAGUCCAAUCAGAAGACAGAGCCACGGGAUGCUCGGGAGGGUCGCCGUGGGAACGGGACGUAGCCAGCGGUGACAUCGGAGCAGAUGGUGUUGGCUGCGAGGGCGCACCUGUCCCACCUGACGCCCCGGAGUCUAGCCGAGGGGCGGAGUCCAGCGGCGCCUGUGUGAUUGACAGGAGGGGGGUUGAGACUUCUUCGCUCACGGAGAAGCAGGUGGCUGCAGAGCUUGCACAGGGGCGGAGUCCUGUAGAGGAGGAGGGGCAUGAGGUGGAAGGAGUCAUUGAUGAAGAUCUGGGUUCAACAGUGGAAGAGGGGGAGGAGGCGGCCCUCGCUCUGGAUGAUCAUCUUGAGGCUACCUCAGUCAGCCUCUGGCUCAGACUGGAACCAGCAGAGCCCUCCCCAGACACAGCCCUCGCACUGGAACCAGCAGAGCCCUCCCCAGACACAGCCCUCACACUGGAACCAGCAGAGCCCUCCUCAGACACAGCCCUGACACUGGAACCAGCAGAGCCCUCCUCAGACACAGCCCUCACACUGGAACCAGCAGAGCCCUCCUCAGACACAGCCCUCGCACUGGAACCAGCAGAGCCCUCCCCAGACACAGCCCUCACACUGGAACCAGCAGAGCCCUCCCCAGACACAGCCCUCACACUAGAACCAACAGAGCCCUCCUCAGACACAGCCCUCACACUGGAACCAGCAGACACAGAACUGGAACCAGCAGAGCCCUCCUCAGACACAGCCCUGACACUGGAACCAGCAAACACAGCCCUCACACUGGAACCAGUAAAGCCCUCCCCAGACACAACCCUCACACUGGAACCAGCAGACACAGCACUGGAACCAGCAGAGCCCUCCCCAGACAUAGCCAUUCAGUCCUGUCAUUCCCAGGAGGAGGAGUCAGAUGUCAUCCCUGCAACAGCAGAGGCCUCAGACUCCGCCUCCAUAAUCAAGCCUGCAGAUGUGAACAGCACAGCGGGGUGGGACCUUUAUUGUCACUCGGGACAAAGGUUCCAUAGCGACAGUUUGGCGUAGUCGGUAAACCCAACACCUGGAUAGGAGAGAGGCACUUGCUGACCGAUGGUUGCACUGGUGUUAUCUAGAAACAUUCUGACAAUACAUCCAAAGACUACUUCAGAACUCCUGGCAAUUCUCUUCCAGGCGUAAAGAUGCCUUUUCAGAGUACUGUUCGUUUGCCUGUAAGUUAACUAACCAUUAAGCACCAGACAGAAUUAUAUGAUCACUCUGUUAACCUGGUUGCGUGUGUGUGCAUUCUAACAGUCAGUAAUGGACCAAAGUCUUUGGAAUGGAAAGUAGAUAUUACCUUGUGACUGCAUGUGCCUUAUACACAGAAAUAAACACCCUGAUGUGA